UGUCAUUCCUAUCCUUCCAUUGACCAUUGCAUUCUUAUUCUUGUGGGGUGAUUAUUGGUAUUGGUGUCGUUUGUGAGAGGUUAAGUUGAAUCUAUGCCGGUAAAUUAAUUACUUAAGAAAUGAAACGUAAAGGUGAUGAGAUUGUCCUAGCUGAGAACAGAAGCAUCAAAAAAUUCCAUGAAGACAGAGGAGGUCAAGCGUCCGGCCUGCUUGCGCCAAUCAUGGUCCUGGAAGGCCACCAGGGCGAGAUUUACGCUGUCAAGUUUCAUCCGGAAGGACAAUAUUUAGCAUCCUCAGGAUUUGACAGACAAAUAUUUCUAUGGAACGUGUACGGAGAGUGCGAGAACAUCGCAGUGAUGACUGGCCACACAGGAGCUGUCAUGGACCUUCACUUCUCUACUGACGGAUCGUCUCUCUUCACUUGCAGCACAGACACAACCGUGGCCAUCUGGGACCUCCAGACUUGCCAGAGAAUCAAGAAACUCAAAGGCCACUCGAGCUUUGUCAACUCGUGCCAUCCGACGCGUCGCGGGACUCAGCUUGUGGCCAGUGGUGCAGACGACUGUACCAUCAAGGUGUGGGACCCUCGCAAGAAAGGACAAUGUGUGACACUCAACAAUACGUAUCAAGUGACGGCCGUGUCGUUCAAUGACACUUCGGAACAGAUAAUCACCGGUGGCAUAGACAAUGACAUCAAGAUCUGGGAUGUGCGCAAGAACGCUCUGCUGCAGAGGUUACGCGGCCACACAGACACGGUGACGGGUCUGAGUCUAUCUCCCGACGGCUCUUACUUGCUGAGCAACGCGAUGGACAAUACUCUGCGUAUCUGGGACAUCCGACCCUUCGCACCUCAGGAGCGCUGCGUCAAGAUACUGUCUGGACACCAGCACAACUUUGAGAAGAACCUGCUGAGAUGUGCGUGGUCUCCGGAUGGGUCUAAGGUGUCGGCUGGGUCGGCCGACAGGUUCGUCUACAUCUGGGAUACGACCUCUCGUCGCAUCCUGUACAAGCUGCCCGGCCACAACGGCAGUGUCAACGACGUCCAUCUCCACCCGAAGGAACCCAUCAUCAUGUCAGGGUCCAGCGACAAAGUGAUUUACUUGGGAGAGCUGGAGUAGCUUUGCGACUCUAGCGAAGUAUUUCAACAAGCCAGUCAUGUGGCAGUAGAUCUGCUAAAAAACUUAAACAUAUGUAUAUAAUUGUGCUUUCUGAUCCUGAUAAAGUAGUGAUCUCUCACAAAGAUCCACAACUAGGUAACUGUUUCAGUCUUCAUAACCUCAACGGUUCCAUUGUUAGGAGAAAUAUAUUUUUUAUGAAGUUACUAGUACUUUCACACAUUGCUGUGUGACUCGGUAAAAUUCUAAGAUGUAUUGUAAAGUAGGCCUAAUUGUUUUAAACUAUGUGUAGCUUUUGUAUAUCAUUUUUAACUUGUAAAUAGUUUAUAUUUGAAAGUUAUAAUCAACUGUAAUUUUAGCCUUUUAGGUGAGACUAGAACCUUUGAAUAGUCAAAGCUACGACCAAUUGUGAGUUGCAUACAUGCAAUUUAAGAAUUUUUAUUCACAUCCUUGAUUGUGGUUCAGGAUAAUGAAAAUGGUUUAGUUUAGUGGCAAAUAUUCAAUUACCAUUUUGUUGUUUGGUAUUAAGUUGCUUUGGUCUAAAAUGUAUCUUUUUGUUCAUGAACUUAUUUUUUAAUACUGGAUGAAAUGUUUUAUUAAAUUUGCUUUUUUGUUACACUUAUUUUUGUGACAAGUAGCUUACUUAACUGGAAGUGAUGUUAUUUACUUUACUUUAGUAAACGUAUCAAUUUUCUAGUGGUGUAAAUGAAAUAAACUCGUUAAAUUUUUUGCAUCAAAUGAAAAUUGGAGCUAUUCCCACCAAUAAAAAUAUGUUGCUUUACACGUUGUAGCCUGUUAAAUUCUAAAAUAGGCCAGUAUGUUGUUUGAUAAAAUUAAAAUGCACCAAUGAACUCACAGGUGGUACCCAACUUUUUCAUCAAAAAGACAAAUAAAUAUUUUUUCCUACAGUUACCUAACAAUGUACAUGUUCUCUCACUGAUUUGAGAAAGCAAAGUGGCCAAUUUGCUCAUCAGAGUUAACAUUGUCUCACUCUAAUUACUUUGUCUCACUCCAGAUUUGCAACAUGAAGGCACGAAAUAGUGAGCGCGUAACAUGCAGGCAAUGUCGUAUGCGCGCCAAAUACGUUGGCAGCACUGGCUGUAAAUCAGCUGGUCAGCUGUUGUACUGUUGUAUUUGUCACUUCACAUUAAAUGUUAUAUUAAAUGUUCACAACUGUGUAAAAAUAGGUUAUGUUUCUUCACAAAUUUAUUUGUUUUAUGGUAACUGUAGGAAAAGUAUAAUGUGCAACUCGAGUUCAAAGUACAAUUGCCUCACUCGAGAAACCAUUCCUCACUCGCCUACGGCUCGUGAGUAAGGAUUUCUCUCGAGUGAGUCAAUUGCUCACUUUUCUCACUAGUUGCACAAAUAACUAUAAACAGCAUUGAGAAAUGUGCAAAUAAUGAUUUUGUUCAAUCUUGUACUUUGACUAAGCCCUUUGUUAUAGUCUACUCCAGUGGCAUUUUUGUAAGGACAAAUAAUUAGCGCUUUAAAGGAAAGCAGUCCAACCACUCAAAUUUUUGUAGACAUGCCGGGAAUCUAACUAGCCCUGCUCGCACCAAAGAGGUGCUAACCACUUGGCUAGCAUCACACCCAACAAAACACAUUUUAAUUUAUUCCUCAGACCAAUAAUAAUUUGUUUGAGUUUAAACAAAAGCACUUUUUUGUGAUAAGUAAUAGUAAUUUUCUAUUGUUAUGUAGGUUUAGAUUAGUUAGUGAAAAAUUAGCUCUGUUGAACAUUGUAUUAAUUAAAUACAAUCAAUAGAAAGGGA